AGAUUGUUUCCAGCCUUUGCGACGUAAAGAAUAACUUGUGACAAACGUUAUAGAAAAAUGAAAUACGGAAUUACCAUUGUUUGUUGUCUCUUGAUGGCCAUGUCCGCAAAUGGACACAGACAUACGAAAUUUAGUAUUCGGACCGAAAUGACGACGAUCACCAGGACGGUGCUGACGACCACGGUGUGCGUUAUUUUGGCCGAAGAUCCCAUGUCCGUCUGUCGUAGGCGUCGCCAGUUAUGGAUGGAACAAGAGCCUGAAUUUUUUUGGAUACCGGAAGAGCAAUUCUUCAUCCAGCCAACCCAUAUUUUCCAGGUGGAGCCGACGGAACUUCCGUCGCCAUGGUUCAGAGACGACGACGAUCAGCAACAUUUCCCGUUUGAUGCCAAUGUCCGCUUCAAUAUGGCUCAUCACGACAUUCAGCCUUCGCUGCUGACUUCUAUGAGCGAACACCAAAGGAAAAUUCCGUUCAAAUCGUCCAACAACCGAAUCAAAAAUCCUUUCAACCCAAACGGCAAACACGGAUACAAGAAAAGUAGAGUUACAGUCACCUUUACCAAACCGACGACCGAGAUUGAAAUGACGACCAAAACCCACAGCCUAGGCGUUUCCGGUUGCACGAUAUCACCGUUUCCUUACGACGUUUGUGUCUGAGCAAAUGCGAUUUUAUCUCUCUCUUUAAUUGGCCAGCAAGUCCUGUUAAUUGGAUGUCCAGAAUUCUUCCAUAGAUAACUAGUAGGCCUAACUACAUUUAUUUUGCAAAUUUCACCGUUAAAGUUUUUAUUAUUUGUCCUAAAUUUAUUAUUAUCGUUAUGUAAUUUCUGUUAUUCGGAAUAAUAAUAUAUUU